CGUAAAUGGUACAGUGUAAACAUGUUUUCAUGCAGUGACAUUUAGUUGCAUGGGUAAUUGUCCUAAAUAGAACUAAUCGAAUAUGGAGAAAAAAAACAGACGUGGCUGUAUGGAAUACAUUGAAAACAAUAAUAUUCUGUGUAAAAUAAAGAUAGUCGAACCGUUGAUGCAAGAGACGAUCAUGUCACACGGAGAAGAAAAGCAACCUCCUCGUAUUAGGGACCUGGAUAUCAGCGAAGAGAGGGUAAAAGAACUUUGCAAAGAGAUGAAUGAUUUGAACAGAAGGAUGAGAGAAAUCGGAAGAAAGCUCAACCAACUGAGAAUGGACUGUGCCCUUUUGACAAUAGAGCAAGCCACCCUCUGCGACCCCGUGACGCGCGACGCCCUCUCCCUGGCCUUCCAGGGAAAGACAUACUUCGCAUACACUCCCGACCAGCCGGAGCCGUCGGCUGGGACGCCCAGCGAUUCUCAUGCUCCUCCUCCAUCCGCGGAGCCUGUAGCCGCAGUUCGCGAAGAAGGAGGAGGGACAGGAGAGGGAUUGCCCAAGUUUUCUGAGAGGUGCGCAGAGGAAGGAAAUCUGCUCGAUGCGAACGGGACCGGCAAGGCUCCCGGAUUGGCUGAACGGAGGACUUCCCAGCCGGACGAGCAGCACGCCGGCAGUUCCCUCCGGCACUUCGACGUGGACCUUACCAAACCGCCGCCAGGCCGAGAUCCCGGUCACCCGGACGCCGUCGGUGGAAGGUACAGCGUCCCGCCUCCUCCGCUUCCUCCUCCCAACCCCUGCUCUCGGGAUUCGGUUUCGCUUCCUUUUCCGCCGCCACCGCCUCCUCCCCCUCCGGGAUGGAACGCCGAAAUCUCCGCCCUUGCGCUCCAGACGGCCAUUCCCCCCGAGGUCGACCUGACGAAGCCUCCUCCAAGGUGGACCCUGCCUGGGACGGCCGCCGCGCCCCUUGGUGAGAAUCCGGAGGGCGAAGGCCUUGGCGCAGGAGACGAGAGUCCUGUAUAAAGCAGAUUUCUCUUGGACUGCCAUUCGAAUUAUACUUAUUAUUUUUACUUGACGUUACUUUCGAAAUCGAUUUUUGUUACUAGCUUCGUCUGAGAUCGAUGGAUCGAAGUUCAUAGCCUUUCCCGCAGUUUUUUUCGUGUUUGAUUUGAUUGAAAAACACUUUAGUUUCACAUUUUCUAAGUAGGCUGAGGAACAAAUGUUCAAUAAUAAGUCUUGAGUUGUUUUUGUUAAUUUUAGUCUAAGAUUUUAUAUCUGUAUUUUUGUGUUGUUUUUCUUGCCCAGUGUAAAUUUAACGCGAAAUAACUAUUUUUGUUAGUCAUAUGAUUCUAAGACAUACACCAAUAUGUCAUUUAUGACAUAUAAACUGUUAGUAACAUUUUUGUACUAAUAAUGGAUUCUCUGAAUCAGUGAAAUAAAUGU